AUGGCAUCCAAGGAAAUUACCAGCAUCAUCAUCAAUGAUGGCAAAGAAACUACCAUCACGCCGACUUAUGAAGACAAGCCAAGUUCCUUGGAUACUUCUGAGCCGAUAGCUACCAAUAACGGUAAUCGAAGAUUACAUUAUGUCACUCGCGGUCAAGAAAUUGCCGACGCAGGUCUAUCAACCGAAUCAAUAACAGGCUACGAAGCAGAACAAAUGCGAGCAAGAGCUUUUCUGACAUUCGAAGAAGAAAAGAAAUUACUACGAAGGAUUGAUUGGCACCUAAUGCCUCUACUUUCCAUCUGUUUCUUACUUAAAAGUAUCGACUACUCCAAUGUAUCUAAUGUUAGGAUUAUGAAUACUGGGACGGAUGAAAACAUCCUCAACCAACUUGGGAUGAUUCCACCACACGCAAAAUGGUUGACGGAAAAAGAAAAAGCUUUCAUCCAAGCUAGACUUCCACGAAAUGCCCCAAGAAGUUCCGGGAAGAAUUUUGACAUCCGGGAAAUCUUGACAAAUCUCAAGGAUAUAAAAAUGUGGCUCUUUACCCUUUGUUGGGCAUCUUUCACUGUCGGGACCUCUGGCUUGAGCUUCUAUCAACCAACGGUGGUGGUGGCGAAUCUUGGGUUCACUUCAAUCGCUAAAUCACAGCUCCUUAAUUUUCCAACGGAUUUUCUAACUAUAGCCAUCAUUGGUAUAUUUGGAAUUUGGGCCGAUACGGCACGUCUACCACGACCUUUGUCUCCAUUAUCCUUCUUAUUUAUUAUCUUGGCUUGCUAUAGUGUACUUUAUACAUUCCCAAAUACGGGUGGUGUAUAUGCUGCAACACUUAUCGCAUCCUCGUUCGCAUCAUCCUGGAAUCCAAUGAUGUGGCCCUGGCGCGUUCAAACUACCUCCCGCGCAACCGGUUCUGUUUUCUCAACCGGAUUCGUAAAUUCCUACGGUCAAAUUGGCGGAGCUCUCGGUCCUCAAAUCUUUAGAAGUCAAUAUGCACCACACUAUCCGAUUAGUUUUGCAAUUGCUAUGGCGAUAGUUGGCUUUGCUAUUGUGAUGAAUCUUGUGACGUGGUAUGUUAUGAGGGAAGUGGAGAGGGGAGAGACGAUAUUGGAGGAUGUGGAUUUUGAUGUUGAUGUUGAUGUUGGUGGGGGUGAUGGGGAGAGAAACGCGAUGAGUGUAAAAGGAAGUGGAAAAUUGGAGUGGCGGAAUGGGGAGGAUGCGUAA